AUGCACAUGACAUUGUAUGAGACAUUCAUUUUUUUUCCUACAGUAUUUACAAUUUGAUAAUAUUUUUAUAAUAAUAUACACAUAAAAAAAAUUUACACUAUCUCUCGCAUUGUCCACAGUCAGUGAGUGCAACGAUGCUGGCAAGAAAUGCAAUCUUGAGGAACGCAGAGCUCCCUAACCCUAUCUCUUUGAGGAAACCAAGACCCUCUCGCAAACGCAAAGAAAACGUUCCUCCUUUGAAGAGCCCCUUGCCCCCAAGGCCUCCCUCUUCCCACCCAAACCCUCUCAAACGCAAACUCCCUGAUAUUUCGCUUCCCGCUACCCCCUCCCAUUAUGGCGUCAAGGUUAUUGUGCGGACGAGGCCUCUGUGCUGUGAUAAGGACGAAGGAGAUUCCAUAGUUCAUAAGAUUUCCACUCAUUCCUUGUCCAUCAAUGGUCAGAAUUUCACAUUUGAUUCCGUUGCUCACACUGACGCUACUCAGUUAGAUAUUUUCGAGCUUGUUGGGGUGCCUCUUGUAGACAAUUGCUUGGCUGGAGUCAAUAGUUCAGUUUUCGCUUAUGGCCAGACCGGGAGUGGGAAGACUUAUACCAUGUGGGGUCCUGCCAAUGCUUUGUCAGAUGACAGUUCAACAAAUGACCAACAAGGCCUUGCCCCUCGUGUUUUUGAGCGACUCUUUGCCCGCAUAAAUGAAGAGCAAAUUAAGCAUUCUGACAAGCAACUCAAGUAUCAGUGCCGCUGCUCUUUUCUUGAGAUAUACAAUGAGCAAAUUACAGAUCUAUUAGAUCCGAAUCAAAGAAACCUACAGAUCAGGGAAGAUGUCAAAUCUGGCAUCUACGUUGAAAAUCUUACAGAGGAGCAAGUGUGUACAAUGAAAGAUGUGACUCAGCUUUUGGUAAAGGGUUUGUUAAACAGGAGAGUAGGUGCAACUAGUAUAAAUUCUGAAAGUUCACGUUCACAUACUGUUUUUACUUGUGUUGUUGAAUCUCGAUGCAAGAGCACCACCGAUGGUGUAAGCAGGUUUAGAAUAAGUAAAAUCAAUCUUGUUGAUCUUGCCGGGUCAGAACGACAAAAAUUAACAGGCGCAGCAGGAGACCGUUUGAAGGAAGCUGGCAAUAUCAAUAGAUCACUUUCACAGCUUGGGAAUUUGAUAAACAUUCUUGCUGAAGUUUCUCAGACUGGAAAGCAGCGGCAUAUACCGUAUAGAGACUCCAGGUUGACAUUUUUAUUGCAGGAAUCUCUUGGAGGAAAUGCAAAAUUAGCAUUUGUUUGUGCUAUUUCCCCAGCACAAAGCUGUAAGAGUGAAACUUUUAGUACAUUGAGAUUUGCACAACGUGUCAAAGCUAUCAAGAACAAAGCAGUUGUUAAUGAAGUAAUGCACGAUGAUGUGAACCAAUUGCGAGAAGUGAUACGCCAACUCAGGGAUGAACUUCAUCGAAUUAAAGGAAAUGGUUACGGUCCAAGUGAUGGAAGUGGAGGUCAUUCAGCAGCUUGGAUCAGAAAAAGUUUGAAUUUAUUGCAGUCUAGCCUCAGUCGCCCAUUAUCACUACCUCACAUUGAUGAUGAUGGUGAUGAGGAGAUGGAAAUUGUCGAGGAAGGUGUUGAGGAUCAUGCUGUAGUUCUCCACAAUUCCAAUGGAGGUUUUGCUGGUUUUUCAGCCGCCAAUGGAUCUAUUGAUUCUCCUAGUGCUGGAAUGAAUUGUGAUACCCCUGCUAGCCUCGGCAUAGUUCAAAGUGAUACAUCGCCCAUCCUCAAAUCUACAACUCCCAGUGUUUCGCCAACAAUUAGCAGCAGCAGGAAAAGCUUGAGGACCUCAUUGAUGCAGUCUCCUUCUGAGAAUACGCUUUAUGGAGAAAAUGAGAGAGAUACAAAAACUGUUGAUAAAAAAUGCUUGUCUACUGCUCUGUCUAGCCAGACAGCUCCAAAUUUCCCUGCUAAAACUGGUAAUUUAGCAGCAAGCAUCUGCCAUGGUCUUGAAAUUAUUGAUAGAACCCAUCAUGGAGCAUCGUUAUUGAGUCUCUCACUGAGAGCCAAAGAUUCCAGGCUAAUUUUUCCGGUGGACAAAGUUGAUGUGGGAGUGCAGGCUUUUCUAAAUGAUAACACUGAAAAUGAAGAUCAUGUUGUGUUUUCCUGUAAUAACUGUAAAAGCAGAAUGCAGCUUGAUGUCAGUGACACUGACAAUAGUUCCAACAUGCAGCUUAUACCUAUUGAUUGCCCUGAUUCUACUGAUAAGCCAAAGAAGCAAGUUCUGAAAGCAGUAGAGAAGGUUUUGGCAGGAUCCAUAAGGAGAGAAAUGGCACUCGAAGAGUUCUGUGCAAAGCAGACUUCAGAGAUAAUGCAGCUCAAUUGCUUGUUGCAAAAGUACGAGCAUGAAAGGGAAUGCAAUGCCACAAAAACACAGAUUAGGGAAGAAGAGUUGGUGUCCAUCACACAUGAACACAAGCUUUUAAAGGAGAACUAUGAGCAUCAUCCAGAAGUUCUGAAAAUGAAGAUAGAAUUAAAAAGAGUACAAGAUGAGUUACAAGAGUAUCAGAAUUUUUACCAAUUUGGGGAGAGGGAAGUGUUGAUGGAAGAGAUAUGUAGUUUAAGAAAUCUGCUUCACUUUUAUGUUGACUCUUCAUCCUCUUCUGCUAUAAAGCAAUGUCCGCUAUUGCAAUUGACUUAUUCAUCUAGACCUAGUUUGGCAACAAAGCUCACUUCCAUUCCAGAUUCAAUGGAGGCUAUCACUGGAGCAAAUGUAAAUCCAGAAUCAACUGAAGACAGUGCCAAAGUAAAAUUUGAACAGGAAAGAAGUCAAUGGACCAAGGCAGAAAGCAGGUGGAUUUCUCUAACUGAAGAACUGAGAGCUGAACUUGAAGCUAACAGGUUACUAGCUGAAAAGAGGAAGCAGGAACUAGAUAGUGAAAGGAAGUGUGCUGAGGAACUGAAUAAAGCAAUGCAAGUAGCUAUAGAAGGACAUGCAAGAAUUUUAGAGCAGUAUGCUGAUUUGGAAGAGAAGCAUGUCCAAUUGCUUGAAAGGCAUAGAAUGAUCCAGGAUGGAAUCGAUGAUGUCAAGAAAGCAUCUAUGAAAGCAGGUGUAAGAGGUGCAGAGUCCAAAUUCAUAAAUGCCCUUGCUGCAGAGAUUUCAGCACUAAAAGCAGAAAAAGAAAAAGAAAUGCGAAUUCUAAGAGAUGAAAAUAGGGGGCUUCGGGCUCAAUUGAAGAAUACAGCUGAAGCAGUGCAAGCUGCAGGUGAACUCCUUGUGCGACUUAAAGAAGCAGAAGAAGGUGUCAUUUCCGCCCAGAAGCGGGCGAUGGAGGCAGAGCAGGAAGCUGCAAAGGCAUACAAACAGAUUGAUAAAUUGAAGAAGAAACAUGAGAAGGAGAUUAGCACACUUAAUGAGCUACAUGCCAAAACAAAUUUACCUAAGGAAGCUAUACAACCUACUUUUGAUGACUUUGUCAUCCCUACUUCUGAUGACUUUGUCAUCCCUACUUCUGAUGACACCAAGAUGCCACUCAAUUUUAAUGAUCAAUUUGAGCUAUUUUGUAACGAAGAGGAUAGUGAGCUUGCAAGAUUAUCAGAGCAAUCUUGGUUCUCUGGUUAUGACAGAUGCAACAUAUAGUUUAAUCACAUAAGGUUAAUAUCAGUGGUAUUCCUGAUUUUGUUCAUUUAUCCAUACAAAGAAAUAAUAGUUUCCUUUCAAUCUUACGUUAAUUAUUAGAUGAAAUAUUGAAAGGAAGGGACUUAAUUUAAUUAACAACUUUUUUAACAUAUGUCUAAGGUGUAAGGAUACACAAUAAGAACUUCUAAGUUAUUAUUGAAAGUAACAUGAUAACACAGAAUUCAAUGUC